CCUCAGGACAGGCUGCAGGAGGACCGCAGGUGCCUGAGGAUAGGAAGUCCAGAGCCCAGGAGGUGGCUUGGGACAGCCCAAGGUCUCCCGGAGCGUGGCCACUCAGCACCGAGAGCCUCCUGCAGGCUGCUGGCGCCUGCACGGCCUCCGGCUGCCCCUGUGGAGACCUGAAAGUGGUGGAGACUGCGAGGCGCACUUGGCCGCGGCCACCCUGACCCCAAGGUUGGACUGGCCUCUGUCUCUGAAUCAGAGACCCUUGUGAGCGCAGCAACAUGGCUGAGAAAGGGGCCUCGCGGGGGCCCAUGCGCCGCUUCUGGUCACUGCCCAGGAAGCGCCGGGGAGCCCCGGGGCACCCAAAGCCAGAUGAGAUCAUGCACCAGGACAUCGUGCCGCUCUGCGCUGCGGACAUCCAAGAGCAGCUCAAGAGGCGCUUCGCUUACCUGUCAGGUGGGCGGGGACAGGACGGAAGCCCGGUCAUCACCUUCCCCGACUACCCGGCCUUCAGCGAGAUCCCCGACAAGGAGUUCCAGAGUGUCAUGACCUACCUCACCAGCAUCCCCAGCCUACAGGAUGCAGGCAUUGGAUUCAUCCUGGUGAUAGACCGAAGGCAGGACAAAUGGACCUCCGUGAAGGCGUCGGUCCUGCGGAUAGCCGCCUCUUUCCCAGCAAACCUGCAGCUGGUCCUUGUUCUCCGCCCGACGGGGUUUUUCCAGCGGACUCUCUCCGAAAUCGCCUUCAAGUUCAACAGAGAUGACUUUAAGAUGAAGGUGCCGGUCAUAAUGCUGAGCUCAGUGCCAGAACUGCACGGCUACAUCGACAAGUCUCAGCUGACCGAGGACCUCGGAGGCACCCUGGACUACUGCCACUCCAGGUGGCUGUGCCACCGCACGGCGAUCGAGAGCUUCGCGCUCAUGGUGAAGCAGACGGCUCAGAUGCUGCAGUCCUUCGGGACUGAGCUGGCGGAAACAGAACUGCCCAAUGACGUCCAGUCGACCAGCUCAGUGCUCAGCACCCACACCGAGAAGAAGGACAAGGCGAAGGAAGACCUGCAGCUGGCCCAGAAGGAGGGGCAGCGCCUCCUCGAGAGCCUCAGAGAGCCCCUGGCGGAGAGCACCGCGCACAGCGUCAACCAGGAUCAGCUGGACAGCCAGGCCACCGUGCAGAGGCUUCUGGCCCAGCUGAAUGAGACCGAAGCUGCCUUCCAUGAGUUCUGGGCAAAGCAUCAGCAGAAGCUGGAGCAGUGCCUGCAGCUCAGGCACUUUGAGCAGGGCUUCCGCGAGGUCAAAGCCACCUUGGACACGGCGUCCCAGAAGAUAGCCACCUUCACUGACAUCGGCAACAGCCUGGCCCACGUGGAGCACCUGCUGAGGAGCCUGGCCAGCUUUGAAGAGAAGUCCAGCGUGGCCGUGGAGCGGGCCCGAGCCCUGGCCCAGCAGGGCCAGCAGCUCAUCGAGAACAAGCACUAUGCCGUGGACUCCAUCCACCCCAAGUGCGAGGAGCUCCAGCACCUGUGCCACCAGUUUGCCACGGAGAUCGGCAGCAGACGGGCGCUUCUCAGCAAGUCCCAAGAGCUGCACCGCCUGCUGGAGACGUCCAUGAAGUGGUGCGACGAGGGCAUCUACCUGCUGGCCUCCCAGCCUGUGGACAAAUGCCAGUCUCAGGACGGCGCCGAGGCUGCCCUUCAGGAGAUUGAGAAGUUUUUGGAGACUGGCGAGGAAAAUAAGAUCCAGGAGCUCAGUAAAAUUUACAAGGAAUACGAGACCAUCCUCAACCCAGACCUGCUGGAUCACGUGCAGAAAGUCUUCCAGAAGCAAGAGAGCAUGCAGGAGAUGUUCCACCGCCGGCAGGCGAGCCUGAAGAAGCUGGCGGCCAAGCAGACCCGGCCCGUGCAGCCCGUGGCCCCCCGGCCGGAGGCACUCACCAAGUCGCCCUGCCCCUCCCCAGGCUCCUGGCGGGGAUCUGAGAACUCUGGCCCUGAAGGCAGCGCGCUCCGCAGGGGGCCCUACAGGAGGGCCAAGAGUGAAAUGAGUGAGAAUCGGCAGGGCCGGGACAGCUCCACGGGGGACGAGGAGGAGGGCCUGGCCAUCCUGCGCAGGCACGUGAUGAACGAGCUCCUGGACACCGAGCGGGCCUACGUGGAGGAGCUGCUCUCUGUCCUGGAGGGCUACGCGGCUGAGAUGGAGAAUCCUUUGAUGACGCACCUCAUUUCGACUGGCCUGCACAACAAGAAGGACGUUCUGUUUGGAAAUAUGGAGGAGAUCUAUCACUUUCAUAACAGGGUCUUCCUGCGGGAGCUGGAACGCUGCACGGACUGCCCGGAGCUGGUGGGAAGGUGCUUCCUCGAAAGGAUGGAGGACUUCCAGAUCUACGAGAAGUACUGUCAGAACAAGCCCCGCUCCGAGAGCCUGUGGAGACAGUGCUCCACCUGUCCCUUCUUCCAGGAGUGCCAGAAGAAGCUGGACCACAAGCUGAGCCUGGACUCCUACCUGCUGAAGCCCGUGCAGAGAAUAACCAAGUACCAGCUGCUGCUCAAGGAAAUGCUCAAGUACAGCAGGAACUGCGAGGGGGCCGAGGACCUGCAGGAGGCGCUGAGCUCCAUCCUGGGCAUCCUCAAGGCCGUCAACGACUCCAUGCACCUCAUCGCCAUCACCGGCUAUGACGGGAACCUCAGUGACCUGGGGAAGCUACUGAUGCAGGGCUCCUUCAGUGUGUGGACAGACCACAAGAAGGGCCACACCAAGGUGAAGGAGCUGGCCAGGUUCAAGCCCAUGCAGCGGCACCUGUUCCUGCACGAGAAGGCCGUGCUCUUCUGCAAGAAGCGGGAGGAGAACGGGGAGGGCUAUGAGAAGGCCCCCUCCUACAGCUACAAGCAGUCCUUGAAUAUGACUGCCGUGGGCAUCACAGAGAAUGUGAAGGGUGACGCCAAGAAGUUUGAGAUCUGGUACAACGCGAGAGAGGAGGUCUACAUCGUCCAGGCACCAACUCCUGAAAUUAAAGCCGCGUGGGUGAAUGAGAUUCGGAAGGUGCUGACCAGCCAGCUGCAGGCGUGUCGAGAGGCCAGCCAGCACAGGACCCUGGAGCAGUCCCACAGCCUGCCCCUGCCCGCGCCGUCCAGCACCAGCCCCUCAGGAGGGAACUCGAGACACGUCAAGAAGCAGGAGGAGAGGAAGACAGACCCCCUGAGUCUGGAAGGAUAUGUGAGCUCGUCGCUGCCGAAGCCCCCCGAGAAAGGCAAAGAUGACGCGGUCUCUAGCUCUACUUCAGAAAGUUCCGCACUUUCCAGAAAGCGCUUCACCCUGCAGGGCUUUGCUAACCUCAAAGGUCAGAGAGCUUCUCCUACCAGUCCCGACAGAAAGGCUAAGCGGCAUGCAGUAAAGAGCGACCCGACUCCCUUUGGUCUGCGAGGUAGCAUGGCUCAGCUGCUGGACACCGGCCGGGCGGGCGGCUGGAGCAAAACGUCCCACUCACUGGAGGUCCCUGAGGACGAGGGCGGCUGGUCAAGUGCUGAGGAGCCCAUCAACUCAUCCGACGCAGAGGAGGAUGGUGGAGUGGGCCCCAAGAAGCUGGUCCCUGGGAAGUACACUGUGGUGCUGGACGAUGAGAAGGGGGGCCCAGACACCCUCGCCAUGAGGAGCGGGGACGUGGUGGAGGUGGUGGAGGAGGGCGCUGAGGGGCUCUGGUACGUCCGGGACCUGAGCAGCGGCCAGGAGGGCUGGGUGCCGGCCGGCAGCCUGUCGGCUCUGCUGGGCACGUCCAGCUCGGCGCAGUGUCUGAGCAGCUCAGAGUCGAGCCCCGGGUCGGCCGUGCUGAGCAACUCCUCGAGCUGCAGCGAGGGCUGCCCGGCGCCCUUCUCCGACCUCCAGGGCUAGCACCGCUCUGCCCUGCGCCCGGCGCUGACCCGCGUGCAGCCCCUGGUCGUCUUUUGCUCGGGCUCGCGUAGUUUGGGGAGGGGACGGCGCUCCGAGAUAGCCAAACCCAGGAGGACCCCGGUGCACCCGCCGGCCGCAGAGGACGGGCCUCAGCAGCCGGCCCCCAGCUCCCAGGACCAGGCCCCAGGGCCACUGCCAGGUGCCGAGUGGACGGGGAGGGGCCUGGGGACAGCCCCUCACCCGCGCGCGGGCGCCUCCGACGCCUGGUCUGGUGCUGGCUGUGGGAAGGUCCCGGUGGGAGCCCCGCGGAAAGCAGCCGGAGAGAGGGGCCUGGGGAACUCUUGUCUUUUAUAAGUUUCUGAUUUUUUAAAAACAGGGAUUAAUCCCGUGGCCAUUUUUUGUGGUACUUUGGCCUCAAAUCUUUACCAAGAAUCACUGUGUUUACAUGAAAUGAUAAUUUGAUACUGUAUUUGAUAUAAAACUAUUUUUUUGUUACUGGGGUUUACAUCAAAGCUCGUUGUCUAUAUCACUAAAUGAUUUGGGCACCCCUUGAAGCACACCUGGUCACAGGUGAACCCACACACAUGGAUAAAAUCAGGUGGUGUCUCACAACCAAAAGCAGUAAGAAACCAGGUCCUUCUACAUGCAUCGGCCUCAUUUCACAAGAAAAUUUAAACUCUAAUUCAAAAUAUUAACCUUCUUUUCUACAAAAUAAGGGGACUCUCAAUUUUUUAAAGAGCUUCACUGAAUUAGUGUAUUUUUGUUGUUUUUAAAGACAGUGUACAGAUGCAGUUUCUGUGGGGUCUCUGAGCUCCCUGUCCACUGUGCUGGGUGAACAGGUGUGCUGGCGCCUCAGGCAGGACCAAAUCCUUCUCUGGCACCACCUACCUGGCCUUGCAGGAAAGUCCGCAGGUGUGGUUAGGGUCACCUUGAGUGAUGUGUGCAGGGGUCCCCUGUGUUCAAAUCAUGGCAGAACUGGAACCAAAACCCUUCUGCUUUUCAAACCCUUUUUGUGUUUCAGAAACAAAUCUGUCCUCUUGAGACUUCCCGGAGGGCAGGUGUGGUAUGUGUGUUUGUGUGUGUACAUACGAUCUGGAUGUAAAGGCGUAUUUAUGGUCUCAUGCUGCUGAACAUGUGUCACUUUAUAGUCCUCCCUGUCUCCUUGCCCUGCUGCGUGGGGGCUGCCGCCCUGCUGUGGCCAAGGUGAAGCGCCCUCCCCACCCUGUGGUGCGCGGAGCCCUUGCUGGCCAGACCUCCAGAGGAGGGGAUCCCGCACUGGGCCUGUGAAGACCGCAGCACUUCUCCUGGUGCACACUUGGAAACGCGGCAGAGUGUGGUCCACCUCAUCUCCAGUCCAGAUGCGGCUCCUUCUGUCUCCACCUGGGCUUGCCCUCUCUCUGUGAUCACUCCCUCAUGAAGGCACUUUAAAACGUCAUGUUUCAUUGACUGUUACUUUUCUUUUAACUGCUAAUGUAAAUGAAAUUUAAAAAUCAGAGCUCUUUAUUGUAUGGAUGAAGUUUGAAUAAACGUCACAAACCCCUGC